GCAAUUUCUACUGUUUUGUCACAGGAGUUGGGGAAAGAAGAAGAUGGGAAGGUGAGGGAAGUUGUAAAGUUGUUGGAGAAGCAAAUGAAGGAGAUAAAAGAGUGUCCUGACAUAGAGAUGGAAGACACAACUAAAAAGCUUAGGCAGGCUUGUUUCAAGGUCAACUACAAGUGGAAGAGGAAGCAGCUCAUGAUUGGCGGCGGCAACAGCAUGCUCCAACAGCCGCAAGUGUGGUCGCCGCCGUUGUCUUCUGCUUCCGGCACCCCUGUGAACUUUGCCGGCGGUGAUUAUUAUUUUGAAGCAGAUCCUGAAAUUAGUUCUAUGUCAUAUUGCUUCUCGUCCUCUUCUUCCUCUUCCCCCUAAAAUGGGUUGACGUUUAAUUUCCAUUUUCGCAUUUGAACCUUUUCAUUUAGAUAUGGUCGUCGUUUAAUCUGUUGCAUACUUCUCGAUCGUAUAUGUGGGAUUUGACUUAUUAAAUUAAUUUUCACACAAACGCAUUGCUAUAUACAACAAGUACAACAAUUCCAGUUCCUAAAUACAAGGCACGAUAAGCACUAUCUACACAAAAGUAGGAACUCAAGUUUGAACAAUUCAAAAUUAUUAUACACAACAAUAUUUUGACUAUAUGCCAAUGAAGAGUGGUCGGGGAGUGCAUGAACUGGAAAACUCUAUUGACAGCAUAAGCAAUGUCAGGAUGGGUGAUGGUGACAUAUUGGAGUGAACCGACAAUCUGGCGAAAAAGCUUGGGAUCAGAGAAUGGAUCGCCAUGACAAGUAAGCCGAGAAGUGGGCUCAGCAGGGGUAGAUAUAGGCGAUGCUUCUAUCAUGUGAGAGCGCUGAAGAAUAUCGUUAAUAUAGCUCUGUUGGGACAACGUGAUACCGGUGGAACUUCUGGUGAUUUGCAAGCCUUGAAAAAAAUGCAGAUUUCCAAGAUCCUUGAG